AUGAGCUCUGCAGGAAUGCCUUCUGGAAUUUGGGAGGAAUUACAGUCGGAGGGGCCGGAAUUGUUUAUGUACUGGCUUUGUCUCUUCGGUCUAAUCUAUGUGAGCAUCUUUCUAGCCCAUAGAUACGUUCUUUUUUCGAUUGACCAAAUCGGGAAAAAACUUAAUCUAGAUAGUAUUGGAGCUAAGUCUUUUCUGUUUUCUCUGGGGUUACUGAACGUUCCUUUGGCCUUGGUCAUGUGGGAUCGCAAUGUAACGGAGCCUAUUGAUUAUGAGGUUGUUGGUUCGGUAUCGAUUGCUGGACUGAGUGUUUUGGCUGGGUUUACUAUUGUCAUGAACGUGAAUAAGGAAAGGGUGGGAAUGGACUUGAUGCGGCACCAUAUUCUGUUUUUGGUCCUUUCAGUUAUAGUCUUUCCUAUUAUAGAGUAUACAGUGGCCUUUUCGCGUUUACUUGGCCUGGGAAUGAUUGCUGUCUAUGCUAUGUAUGUAUACAUGCUCUUAGAUAAAGGUAUGGGCAGUGCGACUGUGUUGAAUAGUAGCUCGUUAGAGGAGGAGUUAGAUCCGAGUAAUUGGCUGCUAAAACUAGUUGACCAGCUAAUGUUUGCUACUUGGAUGCCUGAGGACCCUUCGGUUUUAUCUAUUAUUCUAUCGCCGGUGGCUUUAGUAGCUGGAGUCGGACUGGCAAUCGGGCAAGUAUCGCUCAAAAUGGUAAUUGCUGGCUCUUUAGCAGCAGGCGCUAUUAUUCUGCUUAUUGGGCCGGGCGCUAAGAAGGGUAGUAACAUUCGCUAUAUCUAUGCCUAUGUGUGCCAGGCCAUUUGGCUGAAUAUUGUUGGGAUGGCUUUGUUUGAAAUGCUCUUGGGCUGGCUGAAUGAUAAGGCUGUGACUCAGUCCAAUGUGCUCACAAGCACUCUUUACGCUUGGAAGUACUGCUACCCGUCUGCGCUGGUAAUUAUGGCGGCUUUGGCCAGAGGACAGUAUCGCUUGGCCUUGAGUUUUUCUUUAGCCAUUCCCAUUCAUAACUCAUUGUGUAAUUAUGGCUUGGUUCUGUUGGUUAAAGCCCCGCAGGUUUUCAAACACAGCAUAGCCAACAUCUAUACAACGGUCUUCUUUAUUACUGAGAUUGUCUUGCUCUUUAUGAACACGGAAAUUAGAUCUGGGUUCUUUGAAAAGGAGGUUGGCGUGCUCUUGGGAAUCUUAUACUUCAUGUAUUUGAUCUGUCUCUUCUUUAGCCCAAUUGAGUUUGACUUCUCUAAAACUAAGCCUGUUUUCAAGAAGGGCCGCUAA